UCCAUGGCGGCAAACACUUCACUGUACAGAGAGAGAGAGAUUUUCCAGUUACUGUAAAAUCAUGGCUUCCAUUUUCAUCCAUGGAGUUUCCUUCUUCUUCUUCUUCUUCUUCCUGUUCUUCUCUGUUUCUCUCUCAGAUCCCCGAAUCUCCGAAGCCGGAAGCAUCUGCGGAACCUUCAAGCCUCCGCCCAAAUCCCGAUUCAUCCCAACCUUCAUCGAAGAAAUGGAAGCCAUAUCCGAGCUUCUCACAACUCGCAAUUGGACAACUCAUUUCGUCAAUUCUACUCCCCCAAUGUUCGCCUUAUCGCAGUGCUUCAACGAUCUCUCUCACAACGAUUGCCUUCUCUGUUACGCCGCCAGCCGCACCGCCCUUCCUCGUUGCCUUCCCGCCGUCUCCGCCCGGAUCUUCCUCGAUGGAUGCUUCCUCCGGUAUGAAAAUUACAGUUUCUACAAAGAGUCCACCGAUUCCCUUAGGGAUUCUGUGAAUUGCACCUCGGAAUUGGGGGAAAUCGAUGAAUCUGAUAAGUUAGGGUUUGGAGAGAAUGUUAGGGUUGUUGUUGAGAAUGUGACGAGGACGGCCAUGGCGAAUGGCGGAUUUGGGAUUGGUGAAGUUAAUGGGAUGUUUGGUUUGGCGCAGUGUUGGGGGAGUGUUGAGCCAGCGGGUUGUAGGACUUGCUUGGAGAAGGCGAGGAGGAGUAUUACAAGCUGCUUGCCGAGUAGGGAAGGGAGGGCUUUGAAUGCUGGGUGCUAUUUGAGGUAUUCAACUGUGAGGUUCUACAAUGAUAAGGCUGAAGAACAGGAUCAUGAUGAUCAAAACGGAUUUUCUGGAAGAAGAGCUGUAGCUGCCAUUGUUUUAGCUUCAGUUGCCUCCUUGAUCAUCGCCAUUUCAGCUGCUUUUGCAUGCUAUACAAGAAUAUCAAACUUAAAGAAAAAGAAGAAAAAACAAUCCCUUAUUCCAAUUUCCUUUAGGGAUUCCGAUGUGAAUUUCAAGUAUGAAACGCUUGAAAAGGCCACUAAUUACUUCAGCCCAUCAAGUAAGAUAGGCCAAGGUGGAGCUGGUUCUGUUUAUAAAGGAACUCUUCCAAAUGGGAAGAUUGUUGCUGUGAAGAGGUUGGUUUUCCAUACCAGGCAAUGGGUUGAUGAGUUCUUCAAUGAGGUGAAUUUGAUUCGUGGAAUCCAACACAAAAACCUUGUUACCCUUUUAGGCUGCAGCAUUGAAGGGCCUGAAAGCCUGCUGGUCUACGAGUACGCUCCGAAUCGGAGCCUCGAUCAGUUCAUUUUCGAUAAGAAGGAGGUUCAGAUUCUGAAUUGGAGGCAGCGUUUCAAUAUUAUCCUGGGAACAGCUGAGGGGCUUGCACAUCUUCAUGAAGGUUGUAAGAUGAGAAUAAUCCAUAGAGACAUAAAGAGUAGUAAUGUUCUUCUGGAUGAAAAUUUCAAUCCAAAGAUUGCUGAUUUUGGUCUCGCUCGGCAUUUCGCAGCCGAUCACACUCAUCUUAGCACCGGAAUUGCCGGGACACUAGGUUAUAUGGCUCCUGAAUAUCUCGUUCGAGGACAGCUUACCGAAAAGGCAGACGUUUAUAGCUUUGGAGUGCUGAUACUCGAGAUCGUCUGUGGUAGACGAAACAGUUCCUUCACAGAAAACUCUACCCCACUCCUCCAAACAGUUUGGGAUCUGUACAAAUCAGGGAGAUUAAGUGAAGCCAUUGACUCAUGCUUGAACAAGGAUUACCCUGCAAAGGAAGCCAUGGAUGUUCUGCAAAUAGGGCUGUUAUGCACACAAGCUCUAGCUUCUUUAAGACCGUCAAUGGCGACCGUGGUGAAACUGCUAAGCAGUGAAGGAGAGAGGAAGGUUUCCAUCCCAGAACAACCUCCGUUUUUGAAUCCUUGUGGAGCCUCCAGAAGAUCUUGUAGAGUUAGCAGCUUGGUUUCCAAACUUGAUGUUUCUUCUUGCACAUCAACAGAUUCAGGUUCUUCUUCUUCUAACUUGCCUUCAAGAACUGGAGAUUUGACUGAAUUGAAUCCAAACUAAACUAUAGCAA